GGGAGGCCAGAUCUCCCUCCGUUUCUUGUAACCUUAUACUUUAGCUCCAAUUUCUUGCACUCAUCUGCGAUCUUUAACGGACCCAAGUCAAGGUCAGCCAACUCGUUGAAAAAGUGGCAUGUGAGGACACCGGCACAAAGUACGUCCAAAUCUUCGUCUUAUUUUUGCAUGGAUACCAAAUUCUCCUUGCUUACACGUAUCAUGGCUACUUGGCAAGUCGGCAUGCGUCUCCCUCUCUGCAUCCUUCUUUUCUCUUCUAUUCUCUCCUUUCUAAUCAGCAACACCGGAAAAGAGGAAGGAAAUAUCCGGAGGGAGCAUUGGAUACUCUUUGAUUUGAGAUUUUUUAUGGGUUGGUGCGUGGAUCUUCUGGAAUGUUUGACGAAAUGGAUGAUACAUGGAUGCAGGACUCAUAGCUUUGAUGGCAUGGAGGACGAAGAAUGGGGGAUGGUGGAAAAGAAAGGCAACCAGUUCAUAGUUGCAGGCCAACCUUUCUAUUUCAAUGGAUUCAACACCUAUUGGUUGAUGAUCUUUGCCGUCGACCAGUCCACCCGGAGAAAGGUCACUGAAGUAUUUCAGGAAGCAUUGUCGGUCGGUUACACCGUGUGCAGAACUUGGGCAUUCAACGAUGGCGGGUGGAGAGCUCUUCAGAAAUCUCCUUCAGUCUAUGAUGAAGAAGUUUUCAAGGGACUAGAUUUUGUGGUUAGUGAAGCAAGAAAAUAUAAGAUCAGGCUAAUACUGUCAUUAGUCAACAACUGGGAGGGAUAUGGAGGGAAAGCACAGUACGUGAAAUGGGGGCAAGCUGCUGGCCUGAACCUAACUUCUGAUGAUGAUUUCUUCUCUGAUGCUACUGUCAAAGGCUAUUAUAAAGCUCAUGUCAAGGCCAUCCUCACCAGAGUAAAUACAUACACGAAUAUUACUUACAAGGAUGACCCAACGAUCUUUGCAUGGGAGUUAAUGAAUGAACCACGAUGUCUCUCCGAUUCCUCGGGUGAUAAACUGCAGGCUUGGAUACAAGAGAUGGCAUUCCAUGUGAAGUCCAUUGAUCCAGUGCACCUGCUAGAGAUCGGAACUGAAGGGUUCUAUGGUCCCUCGACUCCCGAACGCUUGCAGCUCAAUCCCAACACUUUUGCAGGGCAAGUAGGAGCUGAUUUUAUUAGAAACCAUCGAGCUUUGGGUAUCGAUUUCGCUUCAGCGCACAUGUACCCGGAUUCUUGGGUAUCAAAUUCGAUCUCCGAUGCGCACAUUCAAUUCGUGAAGACUUGGAUGCAGAACCAUACCGAUGAUGCAGAAAAUGUGCUUGGAAUGCCAGUCGUAUUUGGUGAGUUCGGUCUAUCUUCUAAGGAUGACAAAUUUAACUUGACAUUUAGAGAUAAAUUCAUCAAUACGGUGUUCGCCACCCAACUGAACUCCCUAAGGAGGGGAGGAAGUGGAGCCGGCUGCCUUCUGUGGCAGCUCUUCCCUGAGGGUACAGACUACAUGGAUGAUGGCUAUGCUGUGGUUCCCUCCAAGUCUCCCUCCACCUCCAGCAUCCUUUCACUGCACUCCAGGAGGCUUCAGCUCUUCAAUUCUAGGUGCUCUUGGAAGUGCCACUGGGGCUGCAAGAAGAAGAGUUCUGAUGAUGUGAACUUUGUCCUCCCCCUUGAUGAACUCUAAUGCCAUGCAUGUCUUAUUACAAGAGGGAAGAUGGAGAAAUAUACUACACAUAAGCUAUGGACUGAAAGAUUGUGGGUUGGAUAUGUAGCAGCUGUGCAGACCAAAAGUAUAUGUACUUCAUUAUUUUUGAAUUUAAUGUAACUACUACGUGUGAAUUAUAUGUCUCAGAUAAGGGGCAAGAGGGACACAUAUAUUGUUAUUUUAUGUGGAAGCUUAUUUAUUUUAUGUAAUAUAGGAAAGGAAGGGAGGACAGCUUUAUAUUUUAUGACUUGAGGAUCAGGCAAUAUCUGUUGAGGUCUCGCUCCCUUGCGCCAUUUUCGCAUUGCUCACGGAGAAGGCUUUUCCCGUGAAAUUAACCAGUAAUGGGAAAAGGUACUUACAUUAGUAUAAACUAUUUGCUCUUAAAUUUCGGGAAA